CCACAACCUAACAUUUUAUUCCCCUUUUCCGCCAUCUUCUUCUUCAUUCUCUCUUCUUCUUCUCCAAACCCUAAUUUUCACAAACCCUCAGAAUCGUUGAAUAUAUUUUGAAGAAUUUUAAGCCACCACAAAUUCUUCUUGAUUCAUUGCUCAUCUAUUUAUAGCCAAAAGCAUUAAUAGAUACUCUUCUUAUAUACACAGACUGUAGGCGAUAUAUAAAUUUAUAUAUGGCUUCCUCAUCAGAACUAAGCUUGGAUUGCAAGCCACAAAGCUACUCUAUGCUUUUGAAAUCCUUUGGAGAUAAUAUUCAGAGCGAUCAAACCACACAAAAGCUUGAAGAUCUUCUUUCUCGCCUAGAACAAGAACGUCUCAAGAUCGAUGCCUUCAAGCGCGAGCUUCCCCUUUGCAUGCAGCUUCUUAACAAUGCUGUGGAAGUUUACAAGCAACAGCUAGAAGCAUAUAGAGCAAAUAGUAAUAACAACAACCAGAGUGUUGCCACAAGACCGGUUCUAGAAGAGUUCAUACCCUUAAGGAACCAACCUGAAAAGGUGAAUAACAAAGGGAAUAAUUGGAUGACGACUGCUCAGCUUUGGAGCCAACCCGAAACCAAACCGAAAAACAUUGAUCCAAAUACUGAUCAGUCUCCCAAAGACGACCUUGCUAGUAGUCCAAAACUCGGACAUUUUGAUGCGAAACAAAGAAAUGGCGGCGGCGCUUUUCUUCCUUUCUCUAAGGAGCAGUCUUUGCCUGAAUUAGCUCUGUCGACGGAGGUCAAAAGAGUCUCUCCGACCAGUGAACAUACUCAUGACCACGACGGCAAUGAUGAGAGCAUGAUUAACAGUGGUAAUAACAAUAACAAUAACAAUAAUAACAAUUCGAAUAGCAAUGGAGUUUCCUCAACAACAAGUCAAAGUAAUAGAAAGGCACGGCGUUGCUGGUCGCCGGAUUUGCACCGGAGAUUUGUUCAAGCUCUUCAAAUGCUAGGUGGUUCUCAAGUGGCUACACCGAAACAGAUAAGGGAACUUAUGAAAGUUGAUGGCUUGACCAACGAUGAAGUCAAAAGUCAUCUCCAGAAGUAUCGACUUCACACUAGGAGACCAAGCCCAAGCCCACAAACAUCAGGUGGACCAGGUCCACAUUUAGUGGUCUUAGGUGGCAUAUGGGUCCCACCAGAAUACACCACCGCACACGGCGGCACUCCGACUCUCUACCACCACCAAGUCCACCACCACCACGCCACCGCGGCGGCGCAGCCUCCACCACACUUUUGCUCCUCUCAAGAAUUCUACACAACUCCGCCUCCAUCCCAGCCGCUGAACCACCACCACUUCCAAACGUUUAACGGUUCAUCCGGCGGUGGCGCCGCCUCCACCGAUUCAGCCCAUCAUCAACUAACGGAUAAUGCCGCCGAUGAAGGGAAGUCGCCAGAGAGUAGUAGUGGAGAGAGAAAAGGAUUGGCUGCUCUUAGGGAAGAAGGUGAAGAUCAGAGCAAUAUUAAUGGAAGUGAAAUAACUCUCAAAUUCUAAUUUUUUUCUUCCUCUUGAUUAACUAACUAGAUACUAGGGUUUAGGGUUUGUGGGUGGUUAUGUGACUAAAUUCAUUGCUUGUAUCUCUCUAUAUGCUCUCUCAGUAGAAAAAUGAAUCGUAGGAGGCAGAGAGUAUUUUUAUCGAAAUUAUUAUUAAUUAUCAUAAUUCAUCUUGUUGAUUAUGUCACUCCGUUAAUUAUUAUGACCGGCAUACUCUCAUACCUAGCUACAUACUGUUU